GUUACUGCGCAUGCGCCAGUUCUCAAGUUGCCAUAGCUACAAAACUCUCUAAACAAGACAGAGUUGCAGCGUUUCACUGAAUACACUCGGUGUCACCGCUUUAGGAGACAGCUAAAGGAUGGACGUGUCUAUAGAUGAGAGCCUCAUGAAGGCUGUGGAGCGCCGGCGGGCUGCAGAAGCUGAACGCCGUAAACGCAUCUUCAGUGCAAGGAACCGGGUUAUUGGGUUGGAUGCACAUGCGCUCGAGCAGCAGGUAGCUGAGAGGCACGCGCAAGAGGAUGCGGAGCGGCAGCAGAAAAUGAAUUAUGAUGCACUGUGUCUUUCUAUGGACCAAAAGCUGAUGGAGCAACAAAGAGAGGAAGAGGAACGAAGGAGAGAGUUGGCCCAGGAGCUUGUGGAGUACUGGGAGAUGAACCAACGCCCUGAGGACUCUCGUGACGCAGAUAUUAAUUAUAAACACAAAGGAGGAUCCAGUGUCACCUUAGUCGAUCCGAAUUCAUUAGGACCUGCCAGUAUGCAGGUUUUUCAGGGAGAAGGAAUUGGGGAAGAUGAAAGGAAGAAACUUCAGAUGGAGCAGAAUGUGAGAACACUGAGAGCUCAAAGGGAGGCACAAGAAAAAUUUCAGAUGGAGCAAAAACACAAAGAGCUGCUUAGAGAUCAGAAUCUGAUCCAACGGGACAUGACAGCAAGACAUCUGGAUGUUCUGGAGGAGGAGAGUAAAAAAGCAGCUCUCAUUGCACUCAAAAGCUACAACCAGGCCCAGGCAGAAGAGAGACUGGAGCGAGAGAGACAAGACAAGGAGAGGCAAGAAGGCUUAAACCUGGCAGAGGUUCUGAACAUGGUGACCUCCGACUUCUUGACCGAGUGCGCAGAUGCAGCAGUGAAGGAGGGCAUGGGUUCAGCUGAAGAUCCUCAAACGCUUUCUGAUCAUUGGAAGGGGAUGAGCUCUGAGCAGCGCAGCGCCAUCUACAGACACAGAGCGAAACAGUGUGCUGAGAAUGAGAGGCAGAGACAGCGAGAGAAGCAGGACAACCUGACAUGGGGUUGGCAGGAGCUGGAGCACGACAGGCAGCUAGUGGAGGAGGACAGAAGAAUGAUGGCACUGGAGAGAGAGAGGAGAGCACAAUUGGACCGAUACAACCAGCAGCUGGCCAGAGAGCAGCAGGCACAACAGCAGUAUCUCAAUACUGAACUUUACACCAACCGGCCCACUCGGUGCUACUUCAGCCAGUUCAACACAAGCUCUCGCUAAGGGUCUCACUGUCAUCAGGUUAACGUAACUGUACUAUAUACCGUAUACACAUGCAGUAUAGUAUAGAUUUAUUUUAGGCUUAUUUGUGUUUUAUUUUCCUAUGCAGGAAAUCACACUGGCUAGAAGGACUUAAACAUCUUUAAACAGACUGACUGUUUUUAGCACCAGCCUUAUACAUGAUCUGUGCAGGAAGAUUAAAUAAGCAAGAUUUAAAUAUAUUUGUCGAAGUGUAUUAUAGGCAGGAAAAACCUACUUGAUCUCUAAAGGCUUUUCACUGACCAACACA